AUGGCCGCGGCCCUGGACGAGUCCCUCGCGGAGCUGAGAGAGACGUUCAGGAGCAGGAAGACGAGGAGCGCGCAGUGGAGGAGGUCCCAGUUGAAGGCACUGCUAAGGUUCGUCCAGGAAGAUGAGGAAGAGAUCUGCAGGGUCCUCGAGGAAGACCUGGGGAAGCCGGGAGGGGAAUCCUUCAGGGAUGAGGUCAGUGGCAUGCUCUCCUGCCUCAUGAUUGACGUUAAUCCGAUCUUGGAGGAGUUACGAGUUUAGAGAUUAAUUAUAUAAUACUUAUUUUAAUUUUCGGCCGCGAAUUUUACAUGAAGCUAUUUAACCUUGAACUCUAUUUCAUAACUCACCAGCCUAUUCACACUCCUAGUGCUCCGUUAUCUUUUCACAUGGUAUCGAUCUAGUGAAGUUGACAUUCAAGAGAUUUCUUCAGUGCUCUAUGGAAGGUAUAGGUUCUUGAAUCUCAUGUUUCAGAAUUGAGUUAACAUUUUUUCACUCUUCAGGGUAAAACUAAUUCUCAAUAAAAAGUUGGUACAUAGUAGUAAUUUAAAAUAAAUUAUGUCAUGAUAUUAAAAAUCACAUAUAUUUUCGUACUUUGAGUCCUAUGUUAAUCUUUACACAGUGUGAACCUUGAGACGCCAAUCUGCAACCAAUGUUGUGUGCCUCUACCAUACUUUGUAUCGGAAGCAGUGCUGGUCAGAUUUUUUGUGUUUUAACAAAUGUUUUACUGUUCCAAUUUAAAUAAUGUGAAGAAUUUAGGCAGUUUAGGCUAAAGAUAAUUUUCAUUAAAUGAAUUAGGCAUAUUCACGGGCAUCAGUAGUCAUAAGAUUUUAGGAGUCUGAUUUGCAAUGUGUUACUUUUCAAAAGCAUGCUCCAUGUGGGGGUUGAAUGUUUCUUCUGAUUAUUAUUCUUGUGAAGAACGCAAAUUUCAGGCAUAAUUCAAUAAUUAAACUUCAUAAACUGAAUCAGGCGAAAGAAUUGGACCGUAGUAGUUCAAAGCAAAGGAAUAAGCUAAAAAUAUCUAACCACAGGAUUUGACUUGUGUUCGUCGGAACGGCAUAACGUUUAUCUGAUCAUAUGGGGAGCCCUUGUCGAUGAAUUCAACCGGAAUCACUCACGUAGCAUUUAUCGUCUCGCAGCUGGGAGUCCUGACGAAAUCACUCAAUCUGGCGCUGGACAAUCUAGAGAGAUGGAUGGCACCGAAGAGUGUAUGGUCCUGACGUUAACUCGUCCUCUCGACUCGACGAAUUGACUCAACGAAUUCUUCAAUUCCUUGAAUGCGCAAGAGUUAAUAUGGUGGCCUGCAGGUCCGUGUGCCGUUAAUGGCGUUCCCCACCACAGCGGAGCUGGUCCCGGAGCCCCUAGGGCUCGUUCUCAUCUUCUCAUCGUGGAACUUCCCGAUGCGUAACGUCCUUCAUCCUCUCCCCCGGCAUCACAUCCUCUGGAGAUGAAACCUAGCCCUGAUUGUUGCUUCUCUUCUGAUCCAAUGGAGACCUCUGAUUUGUGCAGUCCUGGCCUUGGAUCCACUCGUGGGAGCCAUCGCCGCGGGGAACACUGUGGUCUUGAAGCCCUCGGAGCACGCUCCAUCCACGUCCUCAUUCAUCGCGAAGAAGAUCCCCAUGUACUUGGAUAGUGCCGCCGUCAAGGUGUUCGAGGGUGGGGAGGAGGUGGGAGAGCUGCUCAUGUCGAAGAAAUGGGAUCACGUCUUCUUUACUGGUGAGGAGAUGGGGUUACCAUUCCCCUCAGAAAACCUUCAGAAGUUCAGGUUUUGAGGCAGAUUCUUAUUUGCUAAUCGUGGAAAUUGGCAGGGAGCCAGAAAGUCGGGAGCUAUAUUAUGGCGGCGGCGGCGAAGAAUCUGACGCCAGUCACCUUGGAGCUGGGCGGGAAAUGCCCGGCCAUCCUCGAUUCCCUCUCCAGCAAGAGAGACAGAGACGUAAGUCAUCUUUUUAUAAGUAUCACAUUUUCCGCACGCCGCCGUUUGUCUUCAUGAACACAUUCGGAGAGGUUUCUUCUAUGGUCGGGAUUAAAUUGUCCCUGUUCUAGGCAUCAGUCCGCUGGUAGAGCUCAAGAACAUCUCCUGCACUGUUAAAUCGUGUAGGUUUCUGACAAUUUGGCUCUUGUCCGCAUCGCUGAAAACUCUCUCUGGCGAGUCGAAUGGGAUCAUUUUCAUCCUACUCAUUAUCGCUAUUUUCUCUCCAUUCGUUUCCAUUGGAUUGCGGCCUGUUUCAUUGCUUUGAUGUCCUCCCCACUCAAGAUUGCUGUGAGGCGGAUAACGAAUGCGAAGUGGGGCGUGUGCGGUGGACAAGUAUGCAUCGGAGUCGACUAUCUCCUCGUCGAAGAGAAAUCUGUGUCUGCUCUGGUAACUAUCACCCUCAUCCCUUAAAAAGACUAGCUAGGACAAUCUCACAUUGAUUAGAAGAAAAUAAGUAUAUCGCCUCAUUGGUUCAGAACUGGAUUAUCAGUUGUCUUUGAUUGAAUAUAUUCCUAGCUUGUUUACGCCUCAUAUUAGAAUUAUUUUUUCACUCAUGUGGCAGAAGUUAGAACAAAAUGGGAUAUACGGGCAAGUAUGUAUUGGCGUACAGUCAUAUUUAUUGAGGGAAAUUGAAUAUAUAAUUAAGGAGAUGUGCAUCUCUAGUCGUCAAAUGAUUUGCAUUAAGUGCGUAGAUCUUUUUCAGAAGUUAUUCUUCUAAUUCUGACAAGAGGAUUGUUGGCAUGUUGGACUGCCAGAUUGAGUUAAUAAAAGAGAAGAUCAAGGGUUACUACGGGGACGAUCCUCAAAGAACCGGAAGCAUGUCGAGGAUUGUAAACAAGUACCAUUUCAACAGGUUGAGGAGAUUGCUGGAAGAGCCAGGCGUUGCGACCAGCAUCGUCCACGGAGGAUUUAUGGACGAAAGCAACCUGUAACUCCUCACCAACUAUCAUUAAUGCUUUGUUCUAAAACAUAAUUGAAGCACCUCUGUGGAUGCGUGAGGGUUGUGAAUAUCUAUCCUCGCAGUUACAUUGAGCCUACGAUCCUCUUAAACCCGCCUCUCGAGUCAGAGAUAAUGAAAGAAGAAAUCUUUGGCCCGUUGCUUCCGAUUAUCACAGUAAGCCCGGGAUACCCACUGAGUUCAUCCGUACACUGAUCCCAAUUUAAUUUCUUUCUCCUUCUUUCUUUUCCCAGGUGAAGAAGAUUGAGGACAGCAUAGAUUUUGUCAACUCGCGGCCAAAACCUCUGGCCGCUUACGCAUUCACCAACGACAGCGCCUUGAAGAAAAGAAUAGUUUCGGAGACAUCCUCAGGGAGUCUGACAUUCAACGACGCAAUAGUCCAGGUAACUCAGAAUAUCGUAUUUCUGUUUAUACUUCCGGUUUCCUGCCGUGGGGGAGAAACCUCAGCGUUGGCCAUCAUCUUCCUGGUUUCAGUUCCUCGUGGACACGCUGCCAUUCGGGGGAGUGGGUCAGAGCGGCUUCGGGAGAUACCACGGGAAGUUCUCGUUUGACACGUUCAGCCAUGAGAAGGCAGUCCUAAGGAGGAACUUCUUGCUCGAGUUCAGCUUCGGGUUUCCUCCUUGGGACAGUCACAAGAUUGAAACUCUCAGAUCAGCAUAUAACUACGAUUAUCUCAACCUCGUCCUCCGGUUGCUGGGGCUGAAGUAA